AUGUCGCUGGAAAGCAAUAGUUUCGUCCGGGUACCGCUCGCCGACAUUUUAGAAUGCACCAUCUCUGAUGCACUACAGCGGGAAACAAAGGACACAGUGGACAAACAGUCCGCCUUUAUUGAAGCUGAUCUGAAAUUUUUAAGAAAUGAGAAUGUGAUCCAAGAGAGUGACAUGAAUCCAGAAUUUCAGAUAUCCCUUAUAGCAGCAGAAAAAACAGAUAGAAACACCUAUCAGGGCUAUUGA